AUGGGUGCAGGAAGGAAGACACGGACAUUCCACUUAAAGGAGAAAUCAGUAACUCAAACGUCAGUUAAUAGCAGUAUAACAGCUAGGAAUCUGAGGAAGAGUGAUCUAGCUGGAGUAAUAUUUGGAUGCAAGAAUAAUACAAUCAGAGAAUGCUUCUCAAAACAGUUGUUUGGAAUACCAGGUUCACAUUACCCCUAUGUAAAGAAAAUAGAUCCUGGUUUACCAUUGUUUUUAUUCAACUACAGUGACAGGAAGCUUCAUGGCAUAUUUGAGGCUACCAGUCAUGGAGGAUGGAAUAUUGAUCCAAAUGCCUGGACUGAAGAUGGCUCAGGCAUUACCCCAUACUCUGCACAGGUUAGGAUACGAGUCCAGAUGCAGUGCCAGCCAUUAGUGGAAGAUCAGUUCAGUCCAAUCAUCGCAGAAAACUACUAUAGACCAAACCUUUUUUGGUUUGAACUAGACCAGGAUCAAACAAACAAGUUUAUCUCAAAAUUCUCAUCUUCACUGGUCAUUGCAAGUACCAAGGAUAUGCACAACUGGAAUUAUCUGCCUUGUGAUCCUAAUGUGAGGCAAGAAAAUGACUAUAUGGAUAAAUUUAAUGAUUGCAAAGAGAGCACUACGACCUCUAGCCUUUCUCUGAAACCAUGGAGUGCCUUGUUUAAAUUUGAAACUUGUCCAGAUACAAGAGCAAUGACCGAAAAGGAGAACGCUGAGUCAUCCAAUGUAAAUCUUACAAAUCUCGAUACAUCCAUUGCAGAUCAUAUUGGUGUUGAAACAUGUAUUGAUUCUACCAUUAAGAAAAAAUCACUGUCUGCUUUGUUUACAAAGAGCACUGGUCCUGGCGCAAGCAAGAUGACAGCAGAAGAUAAUAAUGAAUCAUCUGAUGCAAGCGUGGGCAACGUUGAAAAUCUGGAUGCCAAGAAGUUAAGCAUAACAACCUGCAUGGCUACUGCAUUUCCAGAAAAAUCAUGGAGUACUUGGUAUGAAAGUGAAAACAGAUCUGAUGCAAGAGAGGUGAUGGCAGUGGGUAGUGAUGGAGAAAACUCUGAGGUAGAUUCACAGGAAAGAAAGAACUCAGAAAUGGAGUCUUUAUAUCUUCAUUCCGUGCUAGCCAAGUUAUCUAUGGAAUUGGAAGAUUUGAAAUCAUCUCAGUCAAGUCAAGUUCAAAAAAUCAGUUAUUUGGAGCAUGAACUGGCUCAAUCAAGAAAUGAAAUUAAACUACUAAAAGAUCGGUGCAAGAUGUUGGAGUAUGUGUCCUUUCCAGCAAUGGGUCAUCUUGCAGAAGAUGGGUCUGAGCUAGAAGAAUUCAACUCUUGCAGUGACGAGUUGAUACUAAUAGGAGGGUUUGAUGGUUCUUCGUGGCUGUUGGGUUUGGACUUUUAUUCUCCUUCACAGGACCAGAUGGAAUCUCUAACAUCAAUGAGUGCAAUACGCAGAUAUGCCUCAACAGGAAGGUUAAAUGGUGAAAUCUAUAUAUUUGGCGGUGCAAAUGAUGAUGUCUGGUAUGACACAGUUGAAUCAUACAACCUUUUGAUCAAGCAGUGGAGUUCUCGACCUUCCUUAAAGCGAAGAAAGGGAAGUGUGGCAAGUGUUUCUUUGGAGGACAAGAUGCUUGCAGUUGGAGGUGGUGAUGGGGUUGAAUGCUUUUCUGAGGUGGAAAUAUUUGAUCUGAAUGUUGGAAGGUGGAUCCCUACUCAAUCAAUGCGUAACAAGCGAUUUGCAGCUGCUGCAGCAGAAAUUAAUGGCAUGCUCUACGUUGCUGGGGGAUACAAUGGAGAGGAAUACUUAAAGUCGGUUGAAAGAUAUGAUCUACGAGAACAUAAAUGGGCAAGACUCGACAGUAUGACCACAAAGAGAGGGUCACUUUCUUUGGUUGCUAUGAAUGAGAAAUUGUAUGCUUUGGGGGGCUAUGAUGGGGACAGGAUGGUAUCAACAGUUGAGGUAUUUGAUCCUCGUGCUGGUUUGUGGAGGGAGGCAGAAUCCAUGAACAGUUCCAGGGGAUAUUUUGGUGAUGUCGCGAUGGGAGAUUCAAUUUAUGUCAUUGGGGGGCUGAAUAAUGAUAAUCAAAUACUAGACACGGUUGAGUGUUUCAGGGAAGGCCAUGGAUGGCAGGAGGGUUACUCGAAAGCCAUUGGGAAAAGAUGCUUCCUCUCUGCUGUUGUUGUAUGAUUAAGGGUCCAUGGCAACAAGACCACCUGGUACUGCUGUUUCUGUUCAUAUGGAUAUAGGUUCUCAUAGACGAGUUAGUUUUAUUAGGAUGCCUUGCUCUCGCCUUCGCUUUAGUUAAAAAACAUACAGAGCACAGUCUCGUUUUUGAAGCUAUCAUGUCCUCUUAGCUGUCUGUUAUAAUGGCAGACUGUUCAGAAU